ACUCCGGUUUGCCGACUCUUCUGCACGGGAACUGGCGCGAUCCUUCAGAGUUUGCAAAGGUUUACCUUGACCGGCGGCAGGGCUCCAAUGGUUCCCUAUAAUAGUCUCCAUCUAGGGACUUCCGUUAUCCCGAUUUUGAGAACCUCCGAGUGGCCCUUCAGUUUGGAACUUGGGGAAUUUUGUGUACUGAGAGUCUUUUGCACGAGAAGUGGCGCGAUCCUUCAGAGUUUGCAAAGGUUUACCUUGACCGGCGGCAGAGCUCCAAUGGUUCCCUAGAAUAGUCUCCAUCUAGGGACUUCCGUUAUCCCGAUUUUGAGAACCUCCGAGUGGCCCUUCAGUUUGGAACUUGGGGAACUUUGUGUACUGAGAGGCUUUUGCACGAGAAGUGGCGCGAUCCUUCAGAGUUUACGAAUGUUUACCUUGACCGGCGGCAGGGAUCCAAUGGUUCCCUAGAAUAGUCUCUAUCUAGGGACUUCCGUUACCCCGAUUUUGAGAACCUCCGAGUGGCUCUUCAGUUCGGAACUUGGGGAACUUUGUGUACCGAGGCUCUUUUGCCCGGAAACUGGCGCGAUCCUUCCGAGUCUGCAAAAGUUUACCAUGACCGGCACCAGGGCUUUGGCGGUUCCCUAGAAAAGUCUUUACCUAGAGAUUUCUGUUACUCCGGUUUUGAGAACCUCCGAGUGGCUCUCCAGUUCGAAACUUGAGAAACCUCGAGUACCGAGACUCUUCUUCACGGGAACUUACCUUGCCCGGCGCCAAAGCUUCGACGGUUCCGCAGAGAAGUCUCCAUCUAGGGACUUCUGUCACCCCGGUUUCAAGAACCUUCAAGUGGCUCUCCAGUUCAGAACUUGGAAAAUCUUGAGUAUCGAGACUCUUUUGAACAGGAACUGGCGCGAUCCUUUCGAGUCUGCAAAAGUUUACCUUGAACCGCACCAGGGCUCCGACGAUUCCCUAGAAUACUCUCCAUCUAGGGACUUCUGUCAUCCAGGUUUUAAGAACCUCCGAGUGGUUCUCCAGUUCGGAACUUGAGGAACCUUGAGUAUCGAGACUCUUUUGCACGGAAACUUUACCUUGACCGGUGUCAGGACUCAGGCGGUUCCCUAGAAUACUCUCCAUCUAGGGACUUCUGUCAUCCAGGUUUUAAGAACCUCCAAGUGGCUCUCCAGUUCGAAACUUGGGGAACCUUCAAUAUCGAAACUCUUUAGCUAGGGAUCUAGUGCAAUCCUUCAAGUUUGCGAAAGUUUACCUUAACCGGUGCCAGGGCUCCGACGGUUCCCUAGAAAACUGUUCAUCUAGGGACUUCUACCCCGGCUUUGAAAACCUCCCAGUGGGUGGGUCGCGCUCCCCAGUUCUGAACUUGGGAACCCUUCAAUAUCGAUUGAUUUCAUUUCAUUCAGUGGGAUUUACAAGUCGUGCGUUGUUACGCUGAUGCGAAGACCGGAUCAUAAUACUUUCGAGGUUUCGGCUUGAAUUCCAUGAGAACUGAUCAGAAGAAAAUUAUGGCCAUGAAGACGGUCGUGGUCCUUUUGGGGUUCUUGUCUCUGACGAGGGCCAAUCUAGUCUUUCCGGACCAAUUGGAGAACAUGAAGACGUCAACGAUCCAUCCUUACUUUAGUCCAGCUGCUGCCCAGGCUAAACAAAUUGGACAGUUUAAACAUGGUUUAGUGCCAGUUGUGCCCAUGGCUUCCACCGCAUUUUCAUCGUCUGUAGCUUCCGGAUCAUCUACGUUUUCAUUGCAACAACCAUGGGGUAACCAUGUAAACGCAAUAAUUACCAGAGGUGUGGAGAAGUUCGCCUUGGACAUGAACCGGGCUAUAGUGAAAACUGGAACCAUCGGUAACGACACGAACGUGAUUUUCGCACCUUUGGGUCUGUCUGGUGCUCUGGCUUUGGUCCUUUUGGGCUCUGCUGGCAGAACCUUUGACGAAGUGUCGAGAAUCCUCGGACUGGAGACUGGGGUGGACAUCUCGAAGAAUUCCGAGAUCGUUCAUCAGAUGUUCGGAGUGCUGGUAGCUGCUGUCAAUGCAAAAGAUGCAGAUAAUUCCACCAAGCCACAGACGUCAUUUGCCAGCGGAAUUUUCGUACAGGAUGGCUACCCGAUCCGUUCCGAGUUUCGGAAGAUCAGCAAGGACGUAUACAAGAGCGAAGUGAUCAAUUUGGAUUUUCAUGGCCAUCCCAAUGAAGCGAAACAAACCGUGAACAACUGGGUGAAAGACAGAACAAUGGGAAAAAUCAGGUCGAUUUUGGACGACAAUCCAAGCCCGAUGACUAACGUCAUUAUCGCCUCUGCUCUGUACUUUAAAGGGGAGUGGAACCAACACUUCAUGACUGAUGCCACUAAAAGGAAACCAUUCACGACGUCAUCGGGUAAAAUCGUCGAGGUCGACAUGAUGUACAACGGUGGCGAUUUUCCCUUCUUCGAGGACAAACAGCUCAAGGCUAAGAUCGUCGGUUUGCCGUACAAAGGCCGCGAGGUGACCAUGUACGUGGUGCAGCCAACAUCUAAAGAUAUUGGUGCUCUGUCCGCAUUGACGUCAACCCUAUCAGUGGACGUACUGGAACAUUUGAUAAAAAGCGUGAAGACCGAGACGUGCAUCCUGGGUCUCCCCCGAAUGAAUCUAUCAACGACAUUGUCCCUGAACGCGGCCCUGGAGUCGCUAGGCUUGCGAUCCCUCUUCGACGCCCAAACAGCUGAUUUGAGUCUUCUGUCACCUGGCUUGAACGCCCCACUGCAACCUGUGGCAAACUUUAUGCAGCAAUCAGAGUCUAAUCCAUUGGUCCAACAACUGUCCAGCCAAGACAACUUCGUCUUCCCAAGGUUCCGGGACGACUCCGACGACAAAACACCGACGACCCUGCCUCUGGGUAGGCCAGUUAGGCGAAACUACUUCAGGUACGCGGAUGAGGUUGGUCGGUACAGAGUGCAACAAUGGGCGAAUGGUUUCAUCAUCGAGAGAUUCCGUAGAGAGGCUGCUGGGAGGCUGAAGAGGAGCGAACCGAAACGGAAGAGUGCAUACGAGGUGCCCAACAUCACUGAAGGCGAUGACGAUGCCAGGAUCAAGGUGGUCCCCCUUGAGGAGAAUAAAUACCGCUUUGAUAGACCUAGGAGGUCCGCGACCUUCCCUAAGAAAAGGCAGGUCAGGCCCAUCGAUCAGGACUUCCUGGACUGGCUCAACACUCAGAACUACCCCUCUCUUGGGCUGGACAAGCUGAGGAACUCUGGUAACCUGCCCAAUCCCAAGUUAUUCGCCGAGAAUGUCUUGCACAAGGUGGAGAUCGAGAUCAAUGAGAGGGGAACUGAAGCUGCGGCUGCUACCGCAAUUUUGCUCGAAAGAGAUGGCAGCCAGAAGAGGCUCGUUGCCGACAGACCUUUCUUGUUCUUUAUCAGACACGAACCUUCUGGGCUUCUUCUCUUCUGGGGCACCGUUAACGACCCCACUUCCAGAACCUAGGGAUUUUAUCUGGGGGCACCGUUAACGACCCCGCUUGCAGAUCCUAGGGAUUUUAUCUGGGGCACCGUUAACGACCCCACUUUCAGAUCCUAGGGAUUUUAUCAGGGAUCGUUAAAGUGAGACGUUUUAGGAUGUAGGGCUGAUUACAAGGAAGGAUCUCUAGCGGGAUUGUCGUGGAGAUUUUCCGGAAUCUCGAUGAAAUAGGGAUUGUCUAUUAGAUGCGGAGGUGAUGACAUGACUCUGGUGGUGUUAUUCUAUUUGUUGAAUCCGUCACCGGACAUGAGUCUAACUUAACAUAUAUGUAAGGUUUGACAAAAGCCUCUUUUAUCGCUUUAGAGACGAUCCGUUGAACUAUCAGGGAUCGUAUUUCUUUUGUAUGCAGAUAUUAUUGCUUAUUUAUGGUAUCAAUAAUGUUUCCUUAUUUGUUUAAUGUUUCCCAAUUUUCCGGAAUCUCGAUGAAAUAGCGAUUGUCUAUUAGAUGCGGAGGUGAUGACAUGACUCUGGUGGUGUUAUUCUAUUUGUUGAAUCCGUCACCCGACAUGAGUCUAACUUAACAUAUAUGUAAGGUUUGACAAAAGCCUCUUUUAUCGCUUUAGAGACUAUCCGUUGAACUAUCAGGGAUCGUAUUCCUUUUGUAUGCAGAUAUUAUUGCUUAUUUAUGGUAUCAAUAAUGUUUCCCAACUUUCCGGAAUCUCGAUGAAAUAGCGAUUGUCUAUUAGAUGCGGAGGUGAUGACAUGACUCUGGUGGUGUUAUUCUAUUUCUUGAAUCCGUCACCUGAGAUGAGUAACUUAACAUAUAUGUAGGGUUUGACAAAAGCCUCUUUUAUCGCUUUAGAGACGAUCCGUUGAACUAUCAGGGAUCGUAUUUCUUUUGUAUGCAGAUAUUAUUGCUUAUUUAUGGUAUCAAUAAUGUUUCCCAACUUUCCGGAAUCUCGAUGAAAUAGCGAUUGUCUAUUAGAUGCGGAGGUGAUGACAUGACUCUGGUGGUGUUAUUCUAUUUCUUGAAUCCGUCACCUGAGAUGAGUAACUUAACAUAUAUGUAGGGUUUGACAAAAGCCUCUUUUAUCGCUUUAGAGACGAUCCGUUGAACUAUCAGGGAUCGUAUUUCUUUUGUAUGCAGAUAUUAUUGCUUAUUUAUGAUAUCAAUAAUAUUUCCCUAUUAUCCAUCGAUGGUAUUUAUCCUAUAAAUCCGUUGAACUAUCAGGGAUCGAUAUUCCUUUUGUAUGCAGAUAUUAUUGCUUAUUAAUGAUAUCAAUAAUAUUUCCCUAUUAUCCAUCGAUGGUAUUUAUCCUAUAAAAAAGAAGCCUCAAACAAUUUAUUCUUUUAUAAAUUGUACAAGUAUUCGAGGUUAAAUUGAAACUCAUGGGUAAACAUGAUUUUUAAACGAUAUAUUUUCAUGUAUAAGUACUUUUCAACACAUGGAACAUGAAGACGAUUGUUUAUAUAAACAGGCUUUCCUCUUACUUUGUUCUGCACCUUGUUUCUAUAUCCAGAUAUUUGUUUUUAUUUACCUUAUUUAUUUAAUCGACGAUUCUUUAAAUACUAGGCAUAGUUCUAUAACAGUUAACUUUUUUUGUUCAAUAUUCAGUUUUCAGAAUAUAAAUACAUGAAAAAGUUGAUAAAAUGGCGGAUUAAAUUAACUGAUAAAUAACAGAUUCAUUUAAGUUGGAGAUCCAAUAAGAUUAUUAAGAAACUAUUAUCAAAAUACAAUCAUUGAUUGAACGGGUAAAUAUUGUCUGCCAUUAUUAUGUAAUAAGUAAAGUUUGCGGUUUUUUCGAUGCAGCGAACUCAAUCUAAAAUUACACAUAUUUUGUUUAUUCCCUAAUAGUAAAAAAUCCAAUUAAAGGAAGAAAGAAUAGAAUUAGUGGAAUAAUACAAUUGGAGACGGAGAUCAGAAAGAUUGGUGAAUAAUUACAUGCGUGAGAUUUAUUUCAAUUUUGAUUAUACUGUACUCUAUGUGUUUUAAUGCAUUAAUACAUAAGUAGAAUCUAACAACAUUACUUACAAAAAUGAUCAACUUAUGUCCGAAGUACGAAGAUCGAAUAUAAAUAAGAUCACUGUAUCAGAAAACAUUAGGAUUGCAGAAUAUGAUAAUCUCGUUACUUGUAAUUAAAUCGCACGAUAAUGAGUUUCGUCUUCAAAAAACCUCAACCUCGAAAAUAUUUAGGUACUCAAAACGUUGUGACGAAUAUUACACAACUAUGUACAGUAUAGUAAUCAUUUUUUAAUUAAGUUAAUACCAGUGAAUAACAAUACAUCAAAAAAAUGAUAUCCAUAUCGGAUUAAUUUCUUUCGGUAAUUGCCAUAAUUUCAGAUCUUUGGAAUUAAUUUUCUGAGUUAACAAUCAAGUUUACAUAAUCUUAAAUAAAAUCGGUUUACAGUAGUUUGUCACCUGGUUUGAGUUUAUAUUUCGAAAAUUGUGCAAAUUGUAGGUGAAUACAAGUAUGACCGACUUACAUACAUAAGUACAUACUUACAUGUGCAUAAGCCUGAUACAGACCAGGUAAAUGUUUGCACUAUAGGCCACUUGUUACUUUUUAAUUUUCUCUUUUUUAUUUACUUAUGCCAUUUCUUAUUUAUUUUUAUUUUUUCUACCAAAUGUUUAUUAUUUUCAAUUAAUGCCUAUUGUAUGUUUCUCCCUAUUGCGUGGAAAUAAUAUUAAGAGACAACUUUAUACUAUGUUCGUUAACAGUACUACGAGUGAGAAUAAAAUUGUCUAAGAUUUGACGAAUUAGUUUAAUUAAUUCAUAUUGUGAUGUGCACCCGAGGCUUCAGUUUAAGCAAUUGCUAUAACAUACUAUUGUCAAUAAUAAGCGCAAAGUUGUGUAUUUAAGAAAUGUUGUUCCGCUUAUUAGCGCAUCAAUAUUUUAAAUCGUUUAAGAAACAAUUAAUGAGCUUGGAGUUAUGUGUACAAGCUUUACUAUUUUAUAGGCAUUAAUAUUUUCAAUUGCAUGCAAGGCGUAUUUUUAAUACCCCUCCAUUUUCAUCUGCAUAAUAUGUCAUUUUAUGAUGGAGACUGUUUCACAUUUUUGAAACAUUGUCGUCAUCCGAUUUAUCGAUAAUUAAAUUAUUUAUUACACUUCAA